UGCCAACGAUUUGCAAGCUUCGCCGAAAAAAAGCGAAAUAGUAAAUAAAUAAUGAAAAUCGAAGCAUUUCUUUGACAGUUUCAUGUAUUUUCACUUUGUACCAUUGUUUUGUGUGUUGGAGCGAAAGUAUUCCAUAAAUAAAACUGAAUUUCUAUUCGCUUGUGUCUUUCGUUUUUCGAAAUAAAAGAACACACUUGAAUAUAGGGCCAAUUGUGGCAUUGAUGUUUUGUUGAAACGAUAUUGUUUCACGAAAAACCGAAUUGUAUUCAUCGUUUGUGUAAAAUUGAAUGCAAUGACUUCUGCACUGUACCUUGAGCAUUAUUUGGAUGGUUUGGAGCAUCUGCCAAAUGAAUUACAACGUAAUUUUACGCUAAUGCGAGAAUUGGAUUCACGUGCACAAACGCUAAUGAAGAACAUCGAUGAGAAAGCCGAUGAAUUUAUGAAAACAUUGGUGAAAGACAAAGAGUCCAUUCCAGAGGACGUGCGCAAAGAGAAAUUGAAAGCCAUUCAGGAUAUGUUCAACAAAGCAAAAGAAUACGGUGACGAUAAGGUGCAGUUGGCGAUUCAAACAUACGAAUUGGUGGAUAAACACAUUCGACGCUUGGAUUCCGAUUUAGCGCGUUUUGAGGGUGAAAUUCAAGAUAAAACAUUGGCCGUAGCUAAAACAGUCAAACCAGAUGCAGAACCACCAAAACGGGGCCGUAAACGUAUCAAAGAUGUCAAGACGCCUGUUAGUAAGAAAAAGCGAGCAGCAGCCAGUGCACUGUCCUCCGAAGAUGAGGCACGAACAGAAACCAUUGUUAAAACGCCGAAGAGUACGAAAAAGCAGAAGGUAAUUCAAGAGAAAGAGACUCGCAAAACUCAAAAGAAAACAACCGAAACAGAAGAGCCGAAAACGGAAACAACCGGCCACACAACACCGCAUCCAAGUGAUGUUCUCGAUAUGCCAGUCGAUCCCAAUGAACCGACUUAUUGUGUGUGCCAACAAGUAUCGUAUGGUGAAAUGAUUGGAUGCGAUAACACAGAGUGCCCGAUCGAAUGGUUCCACUUCGCAUGUGUUGGCUUAACUACAAAACCGAAAGGCAAAUGGUUUUGUCCGAAAUGUUCACAGGAUCGCAAGAAGAAAUAAAACCAUUGUCACUCGCUCCCCACCCAAUCAAUGAACGUUGUUUUUUCUCAAUCAUUUGCAUUUUAUUUUAUUUUGCAUCACACACACAACACACGACAUCAUCAUUUCGCUUCACGUAUACUGUUAAGAGAUUGAGAGAAAGAGAGAGAGAGAAACGAGUGUUAAAUGUUUAGACCAGUUACAAAGCGGCAACGCCGCUGCCGCCCAUCUAAAGAAUAAUUUCCUGUUUUUUUUGCAUUGUAUGUCCUUGUUUGUUUCGUUAUUGAAUCAACGAUCAAAAGUGCUGAACAUUUGAAAAUAGUGAAACAAUUUUCAAUAUUCAAAUCAAAAUAACAAAUUUUCUGCCACGACAUUGUCCUAGUUCUUAGGUGUAUUUUUUACUCGAAUUAUAGUUUGUAAAACAACAUCUCUUUAAAUUUAUAGAAAUAAGUAAGACUUUCAAUGAAAAAAAAAUACAUACACACAAAUCACUUUUGGUGAUUAUUUCUUUGUUUUUCGACCAACCUAUCAACCGACCACACAUACACACAGAGAGACAGAAAAAAAAUGAUCGACGAGAACGGUUUUAAGAACACGCAUUCUCAGAACUUAUUUACUUACUUAAAACCGAUCUAUUAUUUACACAAUUGAUAUGCGAUAAUUUAAUCGAAUUUUUAAUAAAUUCCAUAGAAAAUAUUAACCACAAA